ACUAAUGCUCCGCUCUCUCUGGGUUUGGCAGCGUGCUGAAGGAGAUCGACGAGGUGCACCGGAACAUGGGCUACUGCCCGCAGUUCGACGCCCUCAACGACCUGCUGACGGGCCGUGAGCACCUCGAGUUCUACGCCAUCCUGCGGGGGGUCCCGGAAAAGGAAGUGUGUGAGGUGGCGGAGUGGGGCAUCCGUAAGCUGGGGCUGGUGAAGUACGUGGACAGAGCGGCCGGCAGCUACAGCGGCGGGAACAUGCGCAAGCUCUCCACCGCCAUGGCGCUGAUCGGCUGCCCGCCCGUGGUCUUCCUGGAUGAGCCCACCACCGGCAUGGACCCCAAGGCCCGGCGCGCCCUGUGGAACUGCAUCCUCAGCAUCAUCAAAGAGGGCCGCUCGGUCGUGCUCACCUCACACAGCAUGGAGGAGUGUGAGGCUCUCUGCACCAGGAUGGCCAUCAUGGUCAACGGCAGGUUCCGUUGCCUGGGCAGCGUGCAGCACCUGAAGAACAGGUUUGGUGACGGGUACACCAUCGUGCUGCGGGUGGCGGGUGUGGACCCGGACCUGGGCCCGGUGAUGGAGUUCAUCGAGGCGGAGCUCCCGGGCAGCGUUCUGAAAGAGAAGCACAGGAACAUGCUGCAGUACCAGCUGCCCUCCUCCCUCACCUCGCUCGCCCGCAUCUUCAGCAUCCUGGCCAAGAACAAGGAGCAGCUGCGCAUCGAGGACUACUCCGUGUCCCAGACCACCCUCGACCAAGUGUUUGUUAAUUUUGCCAAGGACCAAAGUGACGAGGACCACUCUAAAGACAUUUCAGUGAACAGGAAGGAAGCCGUGGUGGACCUCUCUCAGCUGCACUCCUUCCUGCAGGACGAGAAGGCCAAGGAGACCUUCGUGUGAUCCGCAGUCCCCCGCGAGCAGCUCCCGAGGAGAGUGUGCUUCUCCUUCCUGUGUCUUUUAGUCCUUUUUUAAAAUGGUUUGGUGACUCCCUCCCCGAUGCCUGAAGCAGGAGAGGACGCCGCCAAAUCUGCAACUCAAUGCAACUCAAUGCAAGAAAAAAAACAAAACAAAGAAUUCCACUCUUGUGUUAGCGAGGAAGUGCCUGGAGCCUCUUGUCGCGGUCGAAAGGACGGCGAGCGACAAACUUGAACACGGAACAUGGUUUGUUCUCGUAGGUGCAGUGUUGUCACGGGGCUGUAACAGUGCGCUCGUUAAGCUAGGAUACGCCAGUCUGUACACAAUUCCAGCCUCCUGUUGCCAAUGAUAACUUCAGGGCCUUCUUCUUCUCUUUUUUUGUACAAAGUGCAGAAUUUAAUAUCGAAAAAAAAAAAACGCAAUCAUUUUCACGUUGUAUAAGAGUCAGGAGCCAAUCUACAGAAAAUCUCAAAUUUUUAUUUUGAAUAUGAUUACAGUAAACAAAGAUUAUUUUAAAUAUGGAACUUUGUAUCUUGAAAAAAACAAGUUGUUUUAACGAUUUCAGUGAAGACAGACGAGUCUUUUUCUCUGCCAUGUCUGUGACCAGUACACUGCCACCUGACAUCAUAGAUUGGGACUUUUAUUUUGACACUCCAAUCAGAAAGUUGUUGCGAGUGCAGGAUGUGCACCAUGGAAACGUACUGGGCAGACAAAAGACUUUUUGUAAUAGAUAUUUUAUAUGUUUUUGAGGUUUCUUAUGCGCUACGGUGUUACGAUUCUGGAGCCAAACACCUUGUGACACAUCAGAGCCCUGACCUUCGAAUCUCUGGUCUCGAAUCCGUCAGUAAAAGAGGUUAAAAUAUGUGGUUGCGUAUUUUUAAAAAAAUGAAAUCAUAAUAAGAAGAAAGAAAGAAAAAAAAAACUUGUU